AUGCCGAACACGCAAGACCCACCUAACGUAACAACAACGGAGGCGCAAAUACACCGAGUGGCUCUGAAAAUACCACCAUUCUGGUCGGACGAACCGGAACUAUGGUUCGCGCAGCUGGAAAGCCAGUUCACACUGGGCGAAAUCGUGCAAAAUGGCACCAAGUAUGCCUACGUAUUAUCACACGUAGAAACGAGACACGCGAAAGAAAUCAAAGAUUUGAUUACUAACCCUCCGGUGCGAGACAAAUAUGAGAGCAUCAAGAAGGCCAUCAUCCAACGCCUCUCAGUGUCACAAGAACAACAGAUCCGACAAUUACUAGAGACCGAAGAGAUGGGCGAUCGAAGACCAUCGCAAUUCCUGCGGCACCUACAAGCUUUGGCGAGCUCCGCCAUUCCAGAACAAUUGCUGAGGACGUUGUGGAUGGGACGAUUACCCGCACAGCUACAGGCUAUCCUUGCCACACGCAACGGAGACAAUCUCGACGAAGUCGCCGAACAAGCGGACAGGAUCCACGAAGUGACAUGUAGAGCAGUAGCGGUGGCCAGCAUACAACCAGCUACCGCAAAACCCGCUGCUACCAAGACGACACUAGAGCAACAAGUAGAACUUUUAACUAAGCAGGUGGAAAACCUCCAUAAACGCAUGUCACGCUCCAAAAAUAAGGAGGAUAGCCGAGGGCGGUCAAGAAGCCGUUCAAGACAGGAUCAACCUGAAGGUGGCGUGUGUUUCUAUCACCACCGAUACAAGGAAAAAGCACAAAAAUGCACUCAACCGUGUAGCUUCAAGAAACAGGUGGAAAACUAG